GGAACUGCAGCAAAGACCCCUGCUCGCAUGCCAGCGGCCGGCACCUUUCCCCCUGGUGAUCUGUUCUUUGCCUAAUCUAAAAAAUUACGGCAGCUCACUUCAGUCCUACGAUACGCCAAUCCUCUCUCGCGUAUCUCCCAUCCUCCUUUUUCGCGAUUGCAGCGCCCUUUUCCGACCCUUCUGUUUAUACAGCUACCUUCCUACUAAGACAAGAAGAAACGUUGCCCUCGAACGAUCCGAUCGAAUCGAAGCUCCCUUCUCAUCCCACCACCCCAACUCGACCGAAGCUAGGAGCAUAUACCCAAGAUGGCGUCAAUGUGGAUGUCCGACUCUCAAAAAAUUGGAGUAAUCUUUUGCUCCGGAGGAGGUUUCUUCCUUAUCGGUGGAGUGAUGCUGUUCUUUGACCGAGCAAUGCUGGCCAUGGGAAACAUCCUCUUCCUCAUCGGCCUGACAAUCAUCAUCGGACCCCAAAAGACGCUUCUCUUCUUCGCGCGGAAACAAAAGGCAAAGGGCACCGCCGCCUUCUUUGGCGGGCUCACCCUGAUCCUGCUACGGUGGCCCCUAAUCGGCUUCUGCGUCGAGCUCUACGGUAUCAUGGUCCUCUUUGGCGAUUUCCUCGGCACGAUUGCCGCAUUCGCGCGCAAUAUCCCCGUCAUUGGACCGUAUAUCGGCACCGCGGUCGAUCGGUCUGGCGUCGGUCGCCGGAACGCAGAGUUGCCCGUGUAAUUAUUCCAUUGGAAGGCAGGCAGGCGGGGGAUGUAUCAACGUAUCAAUGAUUUUCGGGGGAGCCACUGGAAUGAGGA